AUGUUCUCAAACAGCGAAUCAAACACACCAGCACCAACCUCAAAGAAUGCCACGGUUCCAAUCCACGAGACGAUAGGCGAAUCGAUAACUUGGGUAAACGACUGGUUUUCCCCCAAUUUCAACUCGCUAAACACUUCAAACAUGCUCCUAUCCAACGCAGGAAGUGAAUCUUGCGAGCCGCAAUACUUGAACAGCAACAAUGCCAACUCCCUACAGUUGAGAGGAUGGUUCAAAACCAACCAUAAUCACAAGCCGGGUGAUUUCAAAACGCAAGAAGGCCACGAUUUUCUCGAUUUGUCUUCUUCCAAAUGGAGGUAUUUGAAGAAUCUCGGUGAAGAUGCCAUGGAUAGCGACUUGAAAGUGAAUGAGAAGGUGAAAAAAGAAAGUGCUGCUUCGGAAUACGGUAAUACGAUCUAA